AUGGUGUCAUCAACUGUGUCCCCAACAGCUCCCCGCGACUCGCUCAACGAGGGUUUUAUCGGUGCGCAGAAACUCUCACUUGCCUCUGGAUGUAGACCACACCUGACUGACACUAAAUUCAAACAAUCCAUGAAAGUAUCGGAGUUAAAAUCCCUCACAGGCGUUGCGCCUGGAAUUGGUUCUACGGCCAGUGCCCCAUCCCCUCCCAAUUUUCAGAACACCAGCUCCGCACUUCUCCCCCGGGGAACUGCGAGCCCCUAUACUGCCUCCCAGGCCUCUGGAAGCCUGUUUAGUCACCGAAACUUAAAUGUCUACGUCGUUGGCGAUGUUGGCCAUCCCAAGGCUAGUGUUAUUAGGGUAGUUCACAUCUCGGAUACUCGUGGAAUCUCUGACUCUUAUUCCGACCAACUCCCAAACGGUCAUAUCCUGGUCCAUUCUGGCGAUUUCCUUGGGGGUCCGCCCGCACGUAGAUGUAGAUCCAGUAAUACUGCGCUUAGCAAAUACCCUAAAUUCAAGCGACUGCAACGCCCACCUGACACUCCAGAGGUAUCUUCAACACCCGCCUCCGAAGACUGGAAAACUAAGCUGAGUAGUAUCAAUGAGUUCUUCAGGCGACAACCGCAUCCUUUUAAAAUAUUUGUCUCUGGUUGUUGGGACUACUUUGGGCAGGACGCUGGGAAACGGCCGUCACCAAGAGAGAUUCAACAACACCUUCCCUCUGCCAUCUACCUCGAAGACGUCUGGUGCAAAGUGCUGGGUUUGAAGAUCUACGGCAUACCCUGGACCUCAGCCGAUGACCUGCGGCCACAGGACGGUCGCUCAACCUUUACACUCACCUCUUCCAAGCUUUCAUUCCGGCGUUUUUUCAGCAAAAUGACUGGUCGACACGCGGGCGAACUGCGCCGUCACCGAUGUCUGAGCUCCUGUGUCGGUGAGAAAACUCGAGCAGCAGACUGUAUGCACGCCUGUGACAGUUCGAAUUAUGUUAAAAAUUCGCCAAGCGUCUCUGACUGCGACGGAUUUGUUUUACCUACCAUCGACGCGGUCAGCGAACGGUACAUGAAGGUGCCAUCAGACAUCGACAUUCUCAUCUCACACAUGCCUGCCUGGCGUCCGGAAUUGUACUCCCAAGUCGUGGAACGAAUAAGGUAA